UUUUUGUUCAUGUUUUUGUUGCUUCAUCUCUAUCAUGCCACGUAGCCUCCUUUUCUUCUAAUGAACCUUGUUCUACUUCUGUUCUGUAUAUUUUAGUUCAUUACACGGCAACAACGUGCGGAUUUUCAUCUACUUUGCCCCAUUCGUCAACUACGUGUUCACUCCCCGUAAUAAUUUGAACCAUGCACCACACUUGUCUAUAUCUUGGUGCGAUUUUCUUCGCUCGUGGCUCGACACAAAUGAGCGCAGGAGGCCUGAUGGAUGUGGCCUACUUCCCCGUGUUCAUCCUCCUGCUCCUGAUUUGUUUCUGCAAAUCCGACGACCAGCUGACAGACGCAAGGUCACUCGCCCCCGGCGACAUGCUCAUCUCCAAGGAUGGCGUCUUUGCUCUUGGCUUCUUCUCCCCUGCCAGCUCCAACGUGAGCCUAUAUGUCGGGAUUUGGUUCCACGGCAUCCCCGAGCGCAGCCGCACCAUCGUGUGGGUCGCCAACCGCGAUAGCCCAGCCACCACCGCUUCUUCCCCGACGCUCACCAUCAGCAGCAACAGUUCCGACCUCGUCAUGUCGGAUUCCGAAAGCCGCACUCUCUGGACGACGCAGAACAACAUCUCUGCCAAAGGUGCCGGCGCUUCCGCGGUGUUGCUCGACAACGGGAACUUGGUCCUCCGGCUGCCGAACGGCACGGACAUAUGGCAGAGCUUCGACCACCCGACCGACACCAUCCUCCCAGGCAUGAGGUUCUUGCUGAUCCACAGGGCCCGCAUCGCCGGGCGCCUUGUUGCUUGGCGAGGCCCCGAUGACCCCUCCACUGGAGACUUCUCAUUCGGCCUUGACCCCGUCUCGAACCUCCAACUCGUCGUUUGGCACGGGACCAGGCCGUACUGCCGCAUCAGCGUCUGGAACGGCGUAUCCGUGUCCGGCGGCAUGUACGCGAGCAGCUCCAGCUCCAUCGUCUACCAGACCAUCGUCAACACCGAGGACGAGUUCUACCUCACGUACACGGUCUCCGAUGACUCGCCGUACUCGCGGAUCACGCUGGGCCACACGGGCACCAUGAAGCUCCUGAGCUGGGACAGCAACUCUUCGUCGUGGACGGUCGUCUCUGAGCGCCCCACCGGCAGCUACGGCCUCUACGAUUCGUGCGGCCUGAACGGCUACUGCGACUUCACCGGGGCCACUCCGGCAUGCCAGUGCCUCGAUGGGUUCGAGCCCGACGGUCUCAACUCUUCGAAAGGGUGCCGGAGAAUGGAAGCGCUGCAGUGCAGCAAGGAAAGUCACUUCGUGGCCUUGCCCGGGAUGAGGGUUCCCGACAAGUUCGUGCUCCUCCGGAACAGAAGCUUCGGGCAGUGCGCGGCCGAGUGCAGCAGCAACUGCUCGUGCACGGCUUACGCUUACGCCAACCUGAGCAGCGCAGGCGCCAUGGGCGACCAGUCAAGGUGCUUGGUUUGGACAGGCGAGCUCAUCGACACAUGGAAAAGCAACAACUAUGGCGAGAAGCUCUACCUCCGGCUUGCCGACCCUACUGUUCAAAAGAAGACCAAUCUAGUAAAGAUUGUACUCCCGGUCAUGGCAUGCUUGCUGCUACCCACAUGCAUAGCCCUUGUCUGGAUAUGCAAAUUCAGAGAGAAAUGGAGAAACAAGGAAAUUCAGAAGAAAUUGGUGCUAGGAUACUUGAGCGCCUCCAAUGAAAUCGGAGGCAAACAUGUAGAAUUUCCAUUUGUUAGCUUCAGCGACAUUGUUGCUGCAACUGACAAUUUCUCUGACUCCAAUAUGCUAGGAAGAGGAGGUUUUGGCAAGGUUUACAAGAAGGAUGCAAUCAUACAGGGAAUGUUGGAAGGUGGCAAGGAAGUUGCUGUCAAAAGGCUUAGUCAAGGUUCUGGACAAGGUAUUGAUGAAUUCAGAAAUGAAGUGGUUGUACUUGUCAAAUUACAGCACAGGAACCUAGUUAGACUGCUUGGUUGCUGCAUUCAUGAAGAUGAAAAGUUACUGAUCUACGAAUACUUGCCUAACAAAAGCUUGGAUGCCUUCCUUUUUGACGCUUCAAGAAAACAUGUGCUUGAUUGGUCGACACGGUUCAAAAUAAUUAAAGGUGUAGCAAGAGGGCUUCUAUAUCUCCACCAAGAUUCAAGAUUAACAAUAAUUCAUAGAGAUCUUAAACCAAGCAACAUCUUGUUGGACACAGAAAUGAGCCCCAAAAUAUCAGAUUUCGGUAUGGCGCGAAUAUUUGGUGGAAACCAGCAACUAGCAAACACUACCCGGGUUGCCGGGACAUAUGGUUACAUGUCUCCUGAAUAUGUGACGAGCGGUACCUUUUCUGUCAAAUCGGAUACCUAUAGCUUUGGUGUUCUUCUCUUGGAGAUUAUAAGUGGCUUCAAGAUAAUCUCAUGUCAAUUCAUAUCGGACUUCCCAAACCUUAUAGCUUAUGCAUGGAGAUUAUGGGAAGAUGGAAAUGCAACAGAAUUGGUGGACUCAUCAGUUGCUGAGAACUGUUCACUCCAUGAAGUUUUGCGGUGUAUUCAUGUAGGACUUUUGUGUGUUCAAGACAAUCCGAAUGCACGGCCACUCACGUCAUCAGUAGUGUUUAUGUUAGAGAAUGAAUCCACAUUGCUUCCACCACCAAAGGAGCCUGUAUAUUUUGCACCAAGGAAUAAUGAAAUUGAAGAAACAAGGAGAAACAUGGAAAGUUCUAUGAAUACCUCGGGCAUCACAACACUAGAGGGGCGCUAGAUGUUUAACAUUAGCAUAGAUGGUUGUAAUGUAUGUGAGUUUACAGUAUUCAAAAAGGAAAUCUGUGAGCUUACUAUAAUGAAAACACUGAAUUGGAGUUUACACCAUGAGGGAAACAUAAAAUAAUAUACAGGGAAUUGAGAGUGA